CCUGUUCUGGGUUUGACACGCGGGUGUGCACGGACGGGAAAUGUGGCGUGUACGAGGUGCUGUGUGACGGGAUUGUGGACUGUGAGGACGGCAGCGAUGAAAACAACUGUAGCGCCGUUGCUACGGAGACGUGUGCAAACGGCCACGUCAUCAACAAACAGCUCGUAUGUGACGGUGGGAAAGACUGUGAAGACGAGUCAGACGAACAGAACUGCUGUGAGAGACUACAAGGUGGGAAAAGCUGCUCCAAUGGAAACUGCGUGAGUUUCGCAAAUAUAUGUGAUGGCAAAGAUGACUGCGGUGACGGUAGUGACGAGCUGUCUUGUCCCGUUGGUGUCUGUGAUAACGGUGGUGUGUACUACAUGAGAGCCCGAUGUGAUGGUAUGAAUGACUGCGGAGACAACAGUGACGAACAGAACUGCAAUUGUUACUAUCUACGGGACAAAGGCACAAGCUACAGGGGCCGUGCAAACCGGUACAGCUCCUGUCAGUUCUGGACAUCUCAGUACCCCCACACCCAUAACCACACUCCCCAGGCCUACCCACGAGCAGGGCUGGAGCGGAACUACUGCCGGAACCCGGACGGGAAGGACAGGCCGUGGUGCUACACAAAUAACCUGCUCAUCAGGUGGAGGUACUGCGAUGAUGUAUUCGCCUGUGACGGGAUGAUCACCCUACUGCCUCUUGUUGGAUUCAUCCGCAACGCCGAGGUCGCCUGCGAUGGACGACCAGGUCUCCGCCGCUUGCGGUUUCACAACCACGUUUCUCGCCGCCGGGCGGGUUUUGUGCCCGAGGAGCACGCAGUGUUGCAGCCUAGACUCCGGAUUACCAGUGGGAGGAAGACAACUUCGGAGUUGACUGGGUAUUUUGUCGAUAAGCACACAGGGAGGCAGCAUAGACUCCAGUUUGACGGAGGAAGACAAUUUCUGAGGUUCAGCUGUGCAACAAGUAACGGCGGGGCGAUGGAACCAGAAGCUCCGGCAGACCUUGGGCAGACCAUCUCCACGUAG